UUUCCUCUGUUAGGGAAAUACAAAGGGCAAGAAUUUUCCUAGACGCCUAGACUCCUAGAUCUAGUUGGAUUCAACGCCGAGUCCUUGUUCUCGUCUUGUCUACAAACGGGACAAAAAAAAAAAAAAGAAAUUGUGUUAACUCGAAGCGAAACUUAUCGUUGAAAAGAAUGGCUGAUUUUCUGAAUUCCGAGGCGGAAGAAAGCGAGGAGGAAAAGGAAUUAGACGAUAAUGAGAAGAAGAAACUAAAGAAAAUCAAAGCUAUGGAGGAGAGUGAGGAAGAGGAGGAGGAAGACGACGAGGAUCGCUUGAGGGAAGAGCUCAAGGAUCUCAUUGACGAUAAUCCCAUAGACGAAAGCGAGGGAGAAGACAGUGACGCUUCUGGAGGAUCUAAGAAACGCAAGAAAAGCGACGACGAAGAUUUCGACGAUCGUUUGGAGGAUGAGGACUAUGAUUUGAUAGAGGAAAAUUUAGGAGUCAAAGUUGAGAGGAAACGUUUCAAACGCCUGCGCAGGAUUCAAGAUGAAGAAUCGGAAGAGGAACAGGAAAAGGAAGCGGACGAUGAUAGAGAUGCUAUUGCAAAUGAACUUUUCGAAGCUUCCGGUGACGAAAGGGAGAUUAUUAUGGAGGAUGAAAGAAGAAGCGAACGUAGCCACAGACCCGAGGCAGAUACGUUCGACGAAGAGGGAAGCGAGGGUGAAUACACGGACGCUGACGAUUUCAUCGUCGACGACGACGGUAGACCGAUUGCCGAGAAACGGAAAAAGAAAAAGCCAAUCUUCUCUGACGCCGCUUUGCAAGAGGCGCAAGACAUUUUCGGCGUUGACUUCGAUUACGAUGAAUUUGGUAAAUACGGCGAGGAGGACUACGAGGAAGAAGAGGAAGAGGAAGAGGAGGAGGAGGAUGAAUACAUGGACGACGAGGAUGCGGAGAGGCCGCGACGACCGAAGAAACAGUUGAAGAAGAAAACCACGAGGAAGAGCAUCUUCGAAAUUUACGAGCCAAGCGAGCUGAAACGCGGCCACUUCACGGACAUGGACAAUGAAAUACGAAACACGGACAUACCUGAGAGAAUGCAGCUGCGAACUGUCCCCGUCACGCCGGUUGCAGAAGGUUCCGACGAGCUGGAUUUAGAGGCAGAGUGGAUUUACAAGCAGGCUUUCUGUCGACCGACCAUUUCGAUUCAGGACGCGCAUUUGAACGCCGAGGCGAAGGAAAGAGCCCGGAAGGGGCCUCAGACGAUCGGCAAAAUCAAAAAGGCGUUGGACUUCAUGCGAAAUCAGCAAUUCGAGGUGCCUUUCAUAUCGUUUUAUAGAAAGGAGUACGUCUUGCCAGAGUUGAACAUCAACGAUCUUUGGAAGGUGUACAAGUUCGACGCCAAGUGGUGCCAGCUUCGCCAGAGGAAGGAGAAUUUACUAAAACUGUUCGAGAAAAUGAGAAGCUAUCAGUUGGACGAGAUUAUGAAGAAUCCCGAUGCCCCUCUGCCGGACAACGUACGAUUGAUCAAAGACGACGACAUUGAACGAUUGAAGAACGUGCAAACCAGCGAGGAGCUGAACGACGUUUAUCAUCACUUCAUGUUGUACUAUAGCCACGAGAUACCGGCGAUGCAAGAGGCAGCCCGCCAGAAGGAGAAAGAAGCGCGGAAAGAAGCGAAAAUUCAAAAGCGAAAGCAGCAGAUGGCGGACGCCGAGGAGAACGGCGAGGUCGCUCUGCCUGAAGAGGAAGCGGACGUGGAGGAAGAGGAGGAGGCGGACGAGACGUUGAAACAGGCAGUGCGAACCGGCCCGUACUCCAUUUGCAGGCGAGCCGGCCUCGACAGUCUGGCGAAGAAAUUCGGCCUGACUCCCGAGCACUUCGCCGAAAAUCUGCGAGAUAAUUACCAGCGGCACGAGGUGGACCAAGAGCCGACGGAACCUUUGACCAUCGCCAACGAAUACUGCAGCCAGAUACUCAACAAUUCGGAGGAGGUGCUGAAAGCUGCUCAGUUGAUGGUGGCCAUUCAAUUGGCCCGUGAGCCGUUGGUGAGGAAGUGCGUUCGUGAAAUGUACAUGGAGAGAGCAAAGAUAUCCGUGAAGCCAACGAAAAAGGGUAUCAAAGAGAUCGACGAGAAUCAUCCGGUGUACGGGAUGAAGUACUUGAAGGACAAGCCGGUGCGAGAUCUGGUAGGUGAUCAAUUCCUGAAUUUGGUCAUCGCCGAGGAGGACAAACUGAUCACGAUAACGUUGAGCGACAGCAUCAAAGGGAACACCAGCAACAACUACGUCGACGAGAUGAAGCAGCUUUACUAUCGAGACGAGUUUAGCAAGAACGUGCAGGAUUGGAACGCGUUGAGAGUCGGUAGCGUGGAAAUGGCGCUCACGCGUAUCGUUCUGCCGAGUUUGAAGAAAGAGCUGAGAGCGAAUCUGAUCGCGGAGGCGAAGGAAUGCGUCAUGAGGGCGUGUUGCCGUAAAAUGUACAAUUGGAUCAAAGUGGCCCCGUACACCUGCGAGUUCCCCGAGGAGGAGGACGAGGAAUGGGACACCAGCAAAGGACUGAGAGUAAUGAGCUUGGCUUACGUUCCAGAUUACUCGCAAGCCGCGUUCGCUUGUCUGAUUGCGCCGGAUGGGGAGUGUACAGACUACCUGAGGUUGCCGCACAUAAUGAAGAGGAAGAACAGUUACCGAGAGGACGAGAAAGCGAUGAAGGAGGCCGACCUGUUGGCGAUCCGAAAUUUCAUAUCGACGAAGAAGCCACACGUGGUGGUUAUCGGCGGUGAGUCGAGAGAGGCAAUGAUGAUCGCCGCUGACAUCAAGGAAUGCAUCGCGAACCUGGUGGAGGAGGAACAAUAUCCAAACAUUCAGAUUGAGAUCUGUGACAACGAAUUGGCAAAAAUCUACUCGAACAGCAACAAGGGCGUGUCCGAGUUUCGAGAUUAUCCAGAAUUGUUGCGGCAGGCGAUCUCGUUGGGCAGAAGAAUGCAGGACCCAUUGGUGGAGUUUUCUCAAUUGUGCACCGCCGACGAGGAGAUCUUGUGCCUCAAGUAUCACGGCCUGCAGGAUCAGUUGCCGAAGGACGAGCUCCUCGACAACUUGUAUCUAGAGUUUGUGAAUCGGGUGAACGAGGUCGGCGUCGACGUGAACAAGGCGGUGCAGCAAGCUUACUGCGGGAACUUGGUUCAGUUCGUGUGCGGCCUGGGGCCGAGGAAGGGGCAGGCGUUGAUCAAAAUGUUGAAGCAAACGAAUCAAAGGUUGGAGAACAGAACGCAGCUGGUCACAUCCUGUCACAUGGGGCCGAAGGUCUUCAUUAACUGCGCCGGUUUCAUCAAGAUAGACACAAACAGCUUGGGAGACAGCACCGAGGCGUACGUCGAGGUCCUCGAUGGGUCCCGGGUGCAUCCGGAGACGUACGAGUGGGCGAGAAAAAUGGCGGUCGACGCUCUGGAGUACGACGACGAGGAUGCCAAUCCAGCCGGGGCACUCGAGGAGAUCCUCGAGUCCCCGGAAAGAUUGAAAGACCUCGACCUGGACGCGUUCGCGGAGGAGCUCGAGAGACAAGGUUUCGGCAACAAAUGCGUCACCCUGUACGAUAUCAGAGCGGAGUUAAAUUGCAGAUACAAAGACUUACGCGUGCCGUAUCAGUCGCCGAGCGCGGAAAGGUUGUUCGAUAUUCUGACGAAGGAAACGCCGGAGACGUUUUACGUUGGGAAGCUAGUUCUGGCCACGGUGAUCGGGAUAAGUCACAGAAAGCCGCAGGGUGAUCAGCUGGACCAAGCGAAUCCCGUGAGAAACGACGAGACGGAAUUGUGGCAAUGCCCGUUCUGUUUGAAAAAUGAUUUCCCAGAGUUGUCCGAAGUAUGGAAUCAUUUCGACGCCGGAGCUUGCCCCGGCAAAGCUACUGGCGUGAGAUUGAGAUUAGACAAUGGGAUAUCUGGUUAUAUUCACAUAAAAAAUUUAUCCGACAGACACGUUGCGAAUCCUGAAGAGAGGGUGAGCAUAGGGCAAAUAAUACAUUGUCGGAUAAUAAAGAUUGAAGUGGAACGAUUCAGCGUCGAGUGUACGAGCAAAAGUAGCGACCUUGCGGAUAAGAAUCACGAAUGGAGGCCACAGAAAGAUCCGUUUUAUGACACGGAGGCAGAACGGAGGGACGCGAAAGUCGAAGAGGACGCGAAGAAAGCCAAGCAACGACAGACGUAUGUAAAACGGGUGAUCGUGCAUCCCUCUUUCCACAACAUCAGUUUCGCAGAAGCCGAGAAGUUGAUGCAGACUAUGAAGCAAGGAGAAGCGAUAGUCAGACCGAGCAGUAAAGGCGCUGAUCACCUAACGGUCACGUGGAAAGUCACCGAUGAUGUUUAUCAGCACAUCGACGUGAGGGAGGAGGGAAAGGAAAAUGCGUUCUCCCUCGGUCAAAGUUUGUGGAUCGGGAAGGAAGAAUUCGAGGACUUGGAUGAAAUUAUUGCGAGGCACGUUAACCCUAUGGCCGCGUAUGCUUCCGAAUUGUUAGACUUUAAGUAUUACAAACCGGCUGUAGAAGGCAUCAAAGAUAAAGCGGAAGACAUAUUGAAGGAACAAAAGAAGGAGAACCCGGGAGGGAUUCCGUAUAUAAUAUCUGCCGCAAAGAAUUACCCUGGCAAGUUUUUGCUGUCUUAUCUUCCACGAACUCGAUGCCGUCACGAAUACGUGACGGUAUCGCCAGAAGGAUUCAGAUUCAGAGGGCAAAUGUUCGGUAGAGUGAACGAUCUCUUCCGAUGGUUCAAGGAACACUUUCGAGAUCCAGUACCUGGUCAGUCUACUCCCAGUACUCCGCGUGGCGCGAUAACAUCUAGAGCACCUUACCACGCAACGCCGGGUGCAGUGGGUGGAAUGAAUCAAGAAGCCAUACAGAGAGUGGCGCAAAAUCUUCCUCAUCACAUGUUACAUUCUUUGUCGCAAGUGGCGAAUCAAACUUCGCAUCAUUAUCCGCCGCACACGCCAGGUACCACGAGUGCCACCGGCUAUGGUGGUGUUCAUACGUAUCCCAAUACUCCGUACACACCUUCUGGACAGACACCCUUCAUGACACCGUAUCAAACACCGCAUCACACUCCGCAUCAUCAUGGUCAGCCAACUCCAAGAUACGGGCAGCAAACACCCAAUCAUCAGCAAGGUCCUUUCAUUCAUCCGCCUCCUCCUUCGGGGUUAAAUGCCGCUGGACAUCACAGAUCAACGCCGUCACACAGGCCUACACCUCCAAUGUCAACACCUGGCGAUCCUAUGGAUUGGAAGAAAGCAGCGGAAGCAUGGGCGCGAUUAAAAAGCGGUCCACGUAUGUCUACUUCUACUCCGAGGUACGAAGAGUCUAGAAGAACUCCGCGAAACUACGAAGAAUCAGUUGGAAGGACAACACCGCGAAAUAGAACUUCAAAUCGGACACCUUCUUACAAAUCUCCUCGAGGUACACCGCACACCAAUUCUAGUCCUCGAAGUAUGUCCCUUAGCGGAGACGGUACUCCUUUGUACGAUGAAAGUUAACAGGUUCGCUUAUACAUAAUAUAUCAUGCUUUCCAAUUGUAUCACGUCGUGUGAUGUGAAAAGAAAGAUACCGACAGGA